AUGCGAACGACCGCGCUCUACGGCCUCGUAAACGAUACCGUUAGCGCGGGAAGCCGGCGCUUCCCGCCGCCUCUAAAGAGCGGAGACCUGCCGGCAGAGGCCCCUGGCCCGAACCUCCGCUCCCUGGCAUCGCUCCGUCUCACAGCACUCCGGCCCGCUGAACUGGACCGAACAAAUCCCCUCCCGCGAUUUUUCCGGAGCGUGGAGGAGAGGCGGGCCGAACGCAUCGAGCGUGGAGCUGUGAAACGCCGCUACAGUGCGGCCGGUGAGAUCACGUCACAUGCCCCCAGCCCCGAGAGGACCCGCUUGCGGGAUGACUACUUCAGAAACUGGAGUCUGGGCCAGCCACUUGACCAAGAGACGGACGUGAGAUCCAGCCGGCGCGGGGAGCCCAGCUCCAAGGCCCCAGCGGCUCUGGGGAAGUGGAGGAUAGAGGACGGCCUGGAUGCCACCAAAGACCCCUGCCUAAAGGUGCGCUGCCCCGCCCACAAGGUGUGCGUCACCCACGACUACCAGACCGCCAUCUGCAUCAGUCACCGGCAACUGCCAAACAGCGGGAAGCCUAGGAGAGGUGGCCUGCCUCAUAAACACUGGAUGGGAGCGGUGCAUCAUGGGAAAUGCAGAGCGUGUCCGGUGGUCCACCCCAGCACGGUGUGCGGGUCAGACGGACACACGUACUCCUCCAAGUGUAAGAUGGACUUCCAGGCGUGCAGCUCAGGCAAGACCAUCUCUCUAAAGUGUGAGGGGCCGUGUCCAUGUCUUCCUGGGCAGGAGCCCGUCAGGACCCGGACCGAGAAGAACACCUGCAGUGACCAGGAGCUUCGGAGCUUGGCGUCCCGACUGAAGGACUGGUUCGGCGUUCUCCACCAGGAUGCCAACAGGGACCUGAAGUCCACUGCCACAUCAGACUCCGCCCAAGGCCGCUUCGACACCAGCCUCCUGCCCAUCUGCAAGGACUCCCUGGGCUGGAUGUUCAACAAGCUGGACAUGAACUACGACCUGCUGCUGGACCACACAGAGCUGAGCGCCAUCUACCUGGACAAGUACGAGCUGUGCAUGAAGCCCCUGUUCAACUCCUGUGACUCCUACAAGGACGGAAAGCUGUCCAACAACGAGUGGUGCUACUGCUUCCAGAAGCCAGACGGACUCCCAUGCCAGAACGAGUUGAACAGGGUUCAGAACCAGAGCCGACGGAAGCCUCUGAUAGGUGGCUUCGUCCCCCGGUGUAAUGACGAAGGCUACUUUAAGCCCACCCAGUGCCACGGCAGUGUGGGUCAGUGCUGGUGUGUGGACAAGUACGGCAACGAGAUCGCUGGCUCCCGGAAGCAGGGUCACCCCAACUGUGACGAGGACCUGGAGAGCUCCGGGGAUUUCGGGAGCGGGGGCGCGGUGAUCCUGCUGGAGGACCAGGAGGAGGAGCCCGAGGCGCCCGGGGGGCGGCAGAAGGAGCGGAGAGGCCGCAUCCACCCGCGGGGCGCCAUCGAGGACGACGAGGACGGCGAGGACGACAAGGACGACGAGACUGGCUAUGUGUGGUAGCUCCGCCCCCACCCCCCGACAACUGCUCUCCAGGGACUACCAUCAUCUGCAAAGAUCUAAAGCCAUUCCAGCGCCCUCUCCCCUUC